CAUGUCCGGCCUGAUUUUGGCUAAUUUAUUAGUGGCACAUCAUCUCCUUUUUCUUGCCUAAAAUGUGAAGUAGAACUGGAAAAACAGAAGCAGCAAAGAGACUUCGACCGAGAAGAGAAGCACCAGGAUGAACGCUGCGGAUCAUAGUCCACUGGUAAACACAGCAUCAGAUAUGGAAUGGUGGGUGUCCAUGCCAAAGGUUGAACUACAUGCCCACCUCAAUGGUUCCGUCAGAGACUCUACACUUCUGGAACUUGCUAGAGUCUUGGGUGAUGAAGGUGUAAUUGUUUUCUCAGAUGUGGAACAUGUUAUCAUGAAAGAUGAUCGUUCAUUGCAUGAAGUGUUCAAGUUGUUUGACCUUAUACACAUUCUUACCACUGAUCACAAAACUGUUACAAGGAUCACAAAGGAAGUGGUUGAAGAUUUUGCUUCUGAGAAUGUUGUAUAUUUGGAGUUAAGAACAACUCCAAAGAAAAACGAUUCUAAAGGAAUGAGCAAACACUCUUACAUGGAGGCAGUGAUGGAAGGUUUAAGGUCUGUUACUGCAGUUGAUGUGUAUUUCGCUCCUCAAAAUUUAGAUGCUAGAACUUCUAUAAAUAGAAUUUCUAUAAAUGAUACAUAUCAUGGAGCUACAAGGAAAAAGAUAUAUGUAAGAUUUCUUCUCAGCAUUGACCGUCGUGAGACCACUGAAGCUGCAAUGGAAACUGUUAAGCUUGCUCUGGAAAUGAGAGAUUUAGGUGUAGUUGGAAUUGACCUUUCUGGAAAUCCAAUUGUGGGUGAAUGGAAUACAUUUUUGCCAGCAUUAAAAUUUGCCCAGGAACAAGGCCUUUGUAUAACACUUCACUGUGGAGAGGUGCCUAAUCAUGAGGAGAUCCAAAUGAUGCUUGACUUUCUUCCCAUGAGAAUUGGUCACGCAUGCUGCUUCAGAGAGGAAGACUGGAGAAAGUUAAAAUCAUCUAAAAUACCGGUGGAGAUUUGUUUGACAUCCAACAUCAGGACUGAUUCAAUUUCUUCACUAGAUAUUCAUCAUUUUGUUGAUUUGUAUAAUGCAAAACAUCCUAUAGUCUUGUGCACUGAUGAUUCUGGGGUUUUCUCCACCUCACUUUCCAAGGAGUAUAGUCUCGCGUCAUCUGCAUUUGGCCUUGGGAAGAGGGAAUUGUUUCAGCUAGCAAGAAAUGGGAUUGAUUACAUAUUUGCUGAUGCUGAAGUGAAGCGGGACUUAACAGUGAUUUUUAAUUCAGCUGCUAAGGAGCUAGACCUAUGACUAGGCUCUUGAGCAGCAUGGACCUCCUCGUUAGUUCUGAUCGCUACCAAUUUAUGAAAUUGUUAGCCUACUAUUUACUGCAAUUUUCUAUAUUUGUAGCUCGAAACCAAUUGAUUACAUACAUAUAUUUGAAUUUGCAGACUGCUUAGUUGAUUUCA